ACAAACUACCUUUGGGAAUUCCUUCUUGACCUCCUCGACAAUCCCAAAUACUCUCCAUCCUUCAUCAGCUGGGUGGACAAAUCAGACGGCAUCUUCAGACUGAACAACACCAAAAUAGUUGCUUCCAUGUGGGGGCAGUGCAAGGGUAAGUCCUCAAUGAGUUACGAAACUAUGGGUAGAGCACUGAGGUACUACUACACCCGAGGGAUCCUUAGUCGCAUACCUGGACAACGACUUGUGUACCAGUUC